GCGAGCUGGGGCGCGAGGCGGAGGCGGUCAGCGGACCGACGCUGCUAGAGCUGAAGCGCGAGCCGGGCGAGGCCGCAGCCAGGGGCGGCAGGAGCGGCGGGAGCAGUGCUGGCCGUCUCCAUGGCGCCAGUGGCGCCCGUCUGAACAGCGCGGGCAGCGGCAGGCGGCGGCCGGUUCGGGCCGCGGCUCUUACUCACCAUGGGGGACGUGCUGUCUACGCACCUGGACGACGCCAGGCGCCAGCACAUCGCAGAGAAAACCGGGAAGAUCCUGACGGAGUUCCUCCGCUUCUACGAGGACCAGUAUGGUGUGGCCCUCUUCAACAGCAUGCGCCAUGAGAUUGAGGGCACCGGGGCGCCACAGGCCCAGCUGCUCUGGCGCAAGGUGCCCUUGGAUGAGCGCGUCAUCUUCUCGGGGAACCUCUUCCAGUACCAGGAGGACAACAAGAAGUGGAGGAACCGCUUCAGCCUCGUGCCGCACAACUACGGGCUGGUGCUCUACGAGAACAAAGUGGCUUAUGAGCGGCAGGUCCCCCCCCGAGCUGUCAUCAACAGUGCGGGCUACAAAAUUCUCACCUCCUUGGACCAGUACCUGGAGCUUGUUGGCAACUCCUUACCAGGGACCACAUCCAAAUCGGGCACUGCCCCCGUCCUCAAGUGCCCCACGCAGUUCCCGCUCAUCCUCUGGCAUCCUUCUGCACGUCACCACUACUUCUGCAUGAUGACGGAAGCCGAGCAGGACAAGUGGCAGGCUGUCCUGCAGGACUGCGUCCGGCACUGCAACAAUGGGAUCCCCGAGGACUCCAAGGUGGAGGGCCCCGCGUUCACUGACGCCAUCCGCAUGUACCGCCAGUCCAAGGAGCUGUACGGCACCUGGGAGAUGCUGUGUGGGAACGAGGUGCAGAUCCUGAGCAACCUGGUGAUGGAGGAGCUGGGCCCUGAGCUGAAGGCAGAGCUCGCCCCCCGGCUGAAGGGGAAGCCGCAGGAGCGACAGCGGCAGUGGAUCCAGAUCUCGGACACCGUGUACCGCAUGGUGUAUGAACAGGCCAAGGCACGCUUUGAGGCCGUGCUGUCCAAGCUACAGCUGGCCCGGCCGGCCAUGGAGGUGGUCAUCCGCACCGACAUGGACCAGGUCAUCACCUCCAAGGAGCAUCUGGCCAGCAAGAUCCGAGCCUCCAUCCUCCCCAAGGCGGAGGUGUGUGUCCGGAAUCAUGUCCAGCCCUAUAUCCCGUCCAUCCUGGAGGCCCUGAUGGUGCCCACCAGCCAGGGCUUCACCGAAGUGCGGGACGUCUUCUUCAAGGAGGUCACCGACAUGAACCUGAACGUCAUCAACGAGGGCGGCAUCGACAAGCUGGGCGAGUACAUGGAGAAGCUGUCCCAGCUGGCGUACCACCCCCUCAAGAUGCAGAGCUGCUAUGAGAAGAUGGAGCCGCUGCGGCUCGAUGGGCUGCAGCAGCGUUUCGACGUGUCCAGCACGUCUGUGUUCAAGCAGCGAGCCCAGAUCCUCAUGCGUGAGCAAAUGGACAACGCCGUGUACACCUUCGAGACCCUCCUGCACCAGGAGCUGGGCAAGGGGCCCACCAAGGAGGAGCUGUGCAAGUCCAUCCAGCGCAUCCUGGAGCGGGUGCUGAAGAAAUACGACUAUGACAGCAGCACCGUGCGGAAGCGCUUUUUCCGGGAAGCUCUGCUGCAGAUCACGAUCCCGUUCCUGCUCAAGAAGCUGGCGCCCACCUGCAAGUCGGAGCUCUCCCGGUUCCAGGAGCUGAUAUUCGAGGACUUUGCCAGGUUCAUCCUGGUGGAGAACACGUACGAGGAGGUGGUGGUGCAGACGGUCAUGAAGGACAUCCUGCAGGCUGUGAAGGAGGCCGCCGUGCAGAGGAAGCACAACCUGUACCGCGACAGCGUGGUCAUGCACAACAGCGACCCCAACCUGCACCUGCUGGCCGAGGGCGUGCCCAUCGACUGGGGCGAGGAGUACAGCGGCAGCGGUGACGGCGGCGAGGACCCCGGCGGCCCUGGUAUCCCGGAAGCUGCCACCCUCUCGGAGAAGCGCCGGCGUGCCAAGCAGGUGGUGUCCGUGGUCCAGGACGAGGAGGCGGGGCUGCCCUUCGACGCUGUCCCUGAGCCGCUACCACCUGCAUCCGCAGACAGCAUCGCCAAGCUCCGUGGCCUGCUGGCCCGGGAUCUGCAGGCCGAGAGCCCCCCGCUGGCCGGCCCCCUCCUCAAUGGGGCCCCCGCCCAGGAGAGCCCCCAGCCCGGGGCGGCCCCUGAGGCCGCCUCACCGCCUGCCUCACCCCUCCGGCAGCUCCCGCCUGGAAAGGCCUCGGACCUCGAGCCUCCCAAGCCCAGUGACCAGGAGACCGGGGAGCAGGUGUCCGGCCCUGGCGGCCGCCCCCCGAUCCAUACCACCACCGAGGACGGUGCAGGGGUGCAGACUGAGUUCUAGGCCAGUCGCCCCCGAGCUU